AUGGCAAUUAUUGAUUCAAUCACAAGUUUAGGUAAUGGUUUAAAGAUAUCAAAUGAUUCAAUUUCUACUUCAACAUCAAAUGGUAUGGAAUUGAGCUCUAAUCAAACAAGUGGAUAUGGAGGACCACCAUCAAAAACAUGGGGUAACGGAGGUGGCUGCAAAAAGCCAAUUUGUCAACCACCACCACCACCACCACCAUGUAAUCAUUAUCAACCACCAUGCAGAAAAUAUUAA